AUGAUCCCUAAGAACGUUGACGAGUUAGUCCAUGCCAAGUACGAAGAAGCCCUUGCUAAUGGGUCUUUGAAGUUGACCGAGUCCACCUCUAAGAAGGUCAAGGACACCAAAUCAGGAAUGCAAUACCUGAUCCAUUAUGCGCCAGCUUUGGCUGCCAAAGACUCUUCCUCUACUAAGGAUCAAUCCAACAAUGAGGAUCCAUUUGCCCACCCAGUUCCAGAAUUAACCGUUUUGGACGAUUUGAACGGUACUGGUUCUUAUCAAUUAUUAUUGAACAAAUUCCCAGUGGUGCCAGAACAUGUCCUAUUAGUCACUAAACAAUUUGAAAGUCAAUCUGAUGCUUUGUCACCAGAGGAUUUGGUUGCCACUUACCAAUUACUUUGUAAGAUGGAUGACGAAGAUGAGAAUAAGAGACAUAUGGCUUUUUACAACUCUGGUCCAGCCUCUGGUUCCUCCCAAGACCAUAAACAUUUGCAAUUAUUCCAAUUGCCUUCCAACUUUAUUCCAUUACAGGAUAAGAUCUGUAGUGGUAAGGAACAUUUCUUACCGGGGUUCAAUGCCGAACCUUUACAAGAUGCUAAGGUUUCAUUUGCUCACUUUGUAUUACCAUUACCUGAGUCAUCUGAUGAAGUCGACGAAGAUUUAUUAGCAAUGUGUUACAUCUCCCUGUUGCAAAGAGCCUUAACUUUCUUCCAAGAUUGGACUAACGAAAGACCAGAUUUGAAGAAGAGUUAUAAUGUCUUGUUGACCAAAAAUUGGAUCUGUGUGGUUCCACGUUCUAAGUCUGUUGCAGAAAUUGAAGAUGAGGACACUGAAACCAUGCACUUAGGUAUCAAUGCCACUGGAUACGCAGGAAUGAUCUUGGCUAAGGAUGAAGCUAUCUACAAUAAGAUUGUCGGCGAACCUAGGGUCAUCGACCAAGCCCUUUUGAACUGUGGUUUCCCUAAUACCUCCGGUCAGAAGCCAACCGAAUAUCACUACUAG